CCUUUGUGUUCGGUUGCUAGGUAACAAGCCAGCACUUACUGACUCAGCAGCGAUAGUUUCUCCGCAGCUAAAAAGACUUUCUAAUUAGGGGUUUUACACAUUUUUAGUUGGCUUUACACUUUAUUGAAGGGAUGUCUAGUACACACAUAAAGAAAAGAGAGUCUUCCACCGGUAAAAUGUCCUCUAGUGACCGGCAGACGGAGACGUUGUUGUCUGUGUCAAACGCUGACAUAUUCGGCGGAUCCUUCAUUUGGCCUGAAUGGAACGACGCCGACAUCAACAAGGAGAAUUGGAGUUCAGGACCCAACACAAAAUCCAGAAAACGUCCCAAAGCUGAUUUUUAUGAAGAUCCAGAGGAGAAAACAUUUCUGCCUCCAUCUUUAAAAGCACACAGCUGGAAGCGGCCUGCAGACUUUCUAACAGAACAGAAUCUCACGAUUGUUGAAAACCAAACAUCCUUUGACCUGCUGACUCCCAAUGAGCACCUGAUGUUUUGCCAGACGAUUACAAGCAUCAUCAGUGAGAUCUACAUUGUCUGGAAGCAAGACAACUGGAGGCCUUGGGAGCACAUCUACUCGCUGUGUAAAGUGGUGGAAGAUCACGUUCCGCUUUACAACAGUUAUGGAAAAUAUGUGGUUAAACUGUACUGGAUGGGUUCCUGGAGAAAGAUAACCAUUGAUGAUGCCAUGCCUUUUGAUGAGGAGAACAACAUGCUUCUGCCUGCCUCCACUUGUCAGUCAGAACUGUGGCCAAUGCUGCUGGCUAAAGCUCUCAUGAAAGUGGCCAGCACAAAUGCUGGGACAAAAACCACUGAGACCAUAGAUGACUUCACUUUCAUUCAAGCUCUGACUGGCUGGGUCCAAGAAAUCCAUCCAAUAGAUUUUUUGUUUCCAGAGAAAACCUGGAACUUUCUACAGGACAGCAUUCCCAAAUUUAUACUUCAGGAUCAGAGUGGACCAGGGAUGGAGCCCGCCCCCCCAGUUACAAGAACAGACUCCAAUCUCCAAACAAGUCUGGUGCCGUUGGAGCAAAAUGACACUAAAGAUGCCUCAGAAGUGGUGGUGUGUGCGAGCUUCUACCCUUUUCAAACACACUGCGGUGCUUAUGAGAUGAGCCAAAUGGCGAAAUCUGCAGAAACACUGCGUCGCCAUGGCUUAUCUUUGCUGCGCGGCCGUGCUGUCCUCGUAACAAGAACGCGAGCGGGCCCGCUGGAGCCCCCUCCCACAUCUCCACCUGUGCCCCGGUGGAAACUCAUUCGUCCACAGAAGAAGACAGUGAUCACCUCUGAACCACAAAAAACUCCUUUGCCAAAACCAGAACAGUUCAUUGAGGUUGCCAGUCUCUAUUUCUUCAACCGUUUCAAGAACAAGAGUGGUUCCUUGUCCGGGUUAGAAACUGAACUAAGCUCCACAGUGAAGGGUUCCUGCACAUCCUUGAUGCCCAUUUCUGAGAAGGAAGAUGCUGAUUGUCAGGAAUUCCAAGAGCCUGGUGCAGCUAAAUGCAACUCACCAAACAACCUGCAAAAAACUACGGUCUCAGUGGAGGACAUAAAGAAGGACAGCGAUAACAUCCCUAAUGAUGAUUCAGUCAUGGCAGAGAAAGAGCCUGCAACCAAAGAAGCUUCUGCUGAUGUUCAACCCCUUCUGAGCAGGACAUGGCUGGACCUCGCUGACUUUGUUAAGUGUUUUAAGCAUCUCUUGGUUUUCCAUAAACCACAUUUUUAUCCUCAUUCUUCCCAGCGCUCAUGUUUUAAGAGCACUGUGCUACCCGAGAUAACGGGAGACAUCUCUUCUGGAUCACCGUCAUGUUCCACUUCUGCAUGCCUAACCAUAGAAAGCCCUGAAUGUCCAAUGAUAAGAAGGGAGUACUACCUUUGCAUCGAUACCCCUCAACCAUCGCAAACACUUAUCAGCUUCUCUGCUCUUCUCUUCUGGGGAGAGGAAUCCGAGAAAAAACAGGAAGCAGUGCUCACCAUCCUUCCACAUUUAUGGACCAGCAUGCAAGCUCAGAUGCCAGUUUUCAUCAUCAAGACGACCUGCUGUAAGGCAGCUGUGCUGAACUUACCCAAGGGACGCCAUUUGAUGGUUGUCCACGUUCGCGCACCAGUGGGCUACCACGUCCUCCUGUGCAGUAAGACGCCACUCAGCUUCGAAGAUGAAGAAACCGCCAUGGCAGAAUUUACAAAGGAAAGUGCUUGUUUCACUGAGCAGGCCAUUGCAAUUUACGGAGCUUUGUCAAGAGUAGCAGCUUCGCUUGGUGACGAACAGAAACUGCCAGCCCUACGAGAAACCCUGAAAAAGGCUCACUGCCCCAUUAACCACAGCACCACUUUGGAGGAACAACAACACCAUAAGGUGUUUGGUUUGGCUGUUAACCACAUGGUCCGUGAGGCUCUGCGUAGAGAGCUGACACCAGACGAGCGGUUUGCUGUUCAGGUUCUCACACAAAGCUCCGAUGCAGAGACAUUUUCCCAAACACUAAAAGAUGAAAAGCAAACGAGCAGUGAUGUCCAGGCCGCACUAGAAGAAAACCUGGAGCCAGCAGUCCUAAAUGCUUCAGAACCUGGAACAAAGGAGAACUUGAACGCAGCUGAAAUCCUCUCAGAUAUGUGGCCAAAGAUUGAAGCUGACACGGAAAAACAUGCAGCCAUAUUGUAUAGAUAUAUGUUUGACAACUCUGAAGAGAAAGCCCAGCUUUACCCUUCUCUUCACAAAGAACCGCCCAGAAUCUUCUUUACGGAUUUCUCUGUUCCUCUGCGAGAGACAGCUGACUUCUGGGAGAUGGUCUUUAGAGAGGUCUUCCUGGUUCCACGGAAGAUGCUGCUGGCAGUAAAGGUCUUUUCUCCAGUUAGAAAUGUGCUGCAUGUGAUAAAUAAUGAUACUGGGGAGGAGGUAAAAUUGCUCUUCACGAAAGUCCCACCUCGUGUAUUUGAGCCUAACAAGAGUGGUUACACUUUUGUGGCAGAAGUUUGGAAACCCCAAUCACUUCCUGCUGAUGCCAAAUGGAAGAUGGUUUUGAUUGGCACAGAGGAGCCACUUCCAAAAAUGUCGCGGGAAACUCCACUCAAUGCAUUCUCAGUGAAGAAAUUCCAGGAAUAUUACAUUCCAAACAAAAAAAAUCUUAUUUGUCGUUAUCUUGUUCAAGUCAGAGCAGAAACCAUGGCAACAGUUCAAUUUCAGACAUCCAAGUCAGAUGUGGUGAUACACCUGUCCAUCCUGGACCAAGAUAAGGAAGAGGUUGCCAACACUGGGAGGGGCCAUGUGAUGAUCCCACUCUUCCACUUCCUUCUUCAAAGAGACUCCACCCAGGAAACAUCUCAGCAAAGACUGAGGACAGACGACGCAGCUGGAGAAGCCGACUCUGACCAGCCUCCCCUACACACUCUGGAACACAAGUACGUUGUGCAGGCUCAAGUGCUCUAUGGGAGCUGGCCUUUGGAUAAAUCGGAGUUGACUUUUGCCAAUAUGCUUAAAGACAAGGAGAAGAAGGAGAUGAGAGCCCCUGAUAGGCCCCCUGACGAGCUCCAGAGCAGCCGCAAAGCCGAAAGGGAUGGAAAGAAGGGAAAAUCUGCUGCAGCUUCUACAUCUGGAUCCAAGCAGGACAUGAGCUUUGACCUGACCAAGCCUCACUGGAUCCUGCGUGUUGUCACUGAAAAAACCAAAACGGAAAGCAUUGAGGUGAAGAAGGACACAGAGAGGAGUGAUGAGAUCAGAGCCAUAAAAAACAGCUGGGAAAAGCUCGAACCAGGACGCCACGCCAAGUCCCUAGAGACCCGUCCAAGGUUUCUAAACCGACCUCUGAAUGAAGCUGAUGAUGAAACCACCUCGGAUAAAAACAAAGAUCCUGCUGCUCCCACGUGUGACCCGGAUCCCUGUUCACCCAGCGAAGAUUUUAGUGACACCCUCCCUGACUUCAGUCACCUGCUCAGAGGCCAAACAGGAUCUUCUAAGCUGACGGACUCCCAGAAAGAGGAGGAACGUGACAAAGAGCUUAUAGAGAAGAUCCAGACCUAUCAGUGUGUCCGUGAAAGCUUUCUGGAAAAGCACAAACAAUACGCGUCUGACCGAAGGGAGCUCGUGAAGCAGCAACUGGAGAUGUACCAGAACAUGCAGGAGGAACGGCAGAAAUCUCUCAACGCUUUUAAAGAGGGUUAUGAAAUAACAGUUCUGAAGAAAGUGAAGCAGCCAAGUAAGGAUGCCAAGAAGUUAGAAAAAUAAAAAGUCAGGACAUUCAAUUUUGGUUGUCAGAUUACUGUUCUCUUUGUUCUUCUACUGUACUAGUAAAAAUUCAUUCUGACAUGUUAGUUUUCCUAAUGUUCAUCUAUUAAAUAUAAGUUCAUGUUCAUUUUUGAUACAAAGUUUUUUUAUUCCAAAAUGAAAAAGAUGAUUGUUUCGUAAUGUUUUUGAGUCUGAAACACUGAAGCUAGUUUCCAGGUAAUAUGGUAAAACAUGUGGCUUUUUAAAAGGAAUGUAUUCCCAAAUCCUUGAAAAAUAAACAUUUUCUUACGGACACUGAUCACCUAAAAGAUCAAA